AUGUUGAGAAGGGAGAAGCCAGGAGUAAGCACCUGUAAGUCUGGAGUGGUGUUUGGUGCCAGCUUAUUCCUGCUGCUUUCACUGACAGUAUUCAGCAUUGUGAGUGUAACAGCCUACAUUGCCUUGGCACUGCUCUCUGUGACGAUCAGCUUUAGGAUAUAUAAGGGCGUGAUCCAAGCUAUCCAGAAAUCAGAUGAAGGCCACCCAUUCAGGGCAUUUUUGGAUUCAGAAGUUGCUAUAUCUGAGGAAUUGAUUCAGAAAUACAGUAAUUCUACUCUUGGUCAUGUGAACUGCGCAAUAAAAGAACUCAGGCGUCUCUUUUUAGUUGAUGAUUUAGUUGAUUCUCUAAAGUUUGCAGUGUUGAUGUGGGUGUUUACCUAUGUUGGUGCCUUGUUCAAUGGUCUCACACUACUGAUUUUGGCUCUGAUUUCACUCUUCAGUGUUCCUGUUAUUUAUGAACGGCAUCAGACACAGAUUGAUCAUUAUUUAGGACUUGCAAAUAAGAAUAUUAAAGAUGCUAUGGCUAAAAUCCAAGCAAAAAUCCCUGGAUUGAAGCGCAAAGCUGAAUGAAAAGCCUGAAAUAAUAGUUUGAAAUAAAUGAACAAUAGUUUAUCUUUAAAGGGGAUGUUCAUUUGAUUACUUGGGGAGGGUCAGGGAAGAAUGGAACCUUGGCAUUGCAGUGUAGUUCACAGAUCUUUAUUUUUUGCAAUGUCGUGUCUGAAGAAAAAUGACCUGUCUUGACUACCAUGUGUUCAUCAUUUUAAGUAUUGUAAGCUGCUAUGUAUGGAUUUGAACCAUAAUCUUUUAUUUUUCCCAUACGAGGCACUGGUAAAUAAAAAAAGACCUGCAAAAGCUGUAUGGUAUACUUUGAUACAGGUAGUCUUGCUGUGUUGAGGAAUUGCAGAGAAAAGUGGAGCUGAGAAAAUAACCUUUUUCACAGUUUGUGCACUGUGUCUGGUCUGUGUAGAUUGAUGCAGAUUUUCUGAAAUGAAAUGUUUAAAUGAUAUACAACUAAGGUAUAAAUGAAAGUUUGCCUUUUUGGUAUGCUCUAGGUGUAUUAUGAAUUUUACUGUUAUAUUGCCAAUAUAAGUAAAUAUAGAUUAUAUAUAUAUCUAUAUAUAGUGUUUCACAAAGCUUAGACCUUUACCUUUCAGCUGCCCCCACAGUGCUUGGUAUUCAGAAAGUCCUUGGUUAUCUAUGUGUGUAGUUCCAAAGCUCUUAAGCUAGAAAAAGAAAAUAUAUUUCUAGGAGCACUUCCAUCUAUUUUCAUCAUGAAAUGAUGCCAUGCUCAUAGACUUCAUCACGCAGACUUAUUGGAGUUAAUUUCGUCACAAACUCAAUCUACGGACUGACUAAUGCUUCAAAAAAUAUUUGCAAAUAUCAAACAUUGUUAUGCAAGAGAUUAUACAAUGAAGAUUUAUACAAUUGUGGUUUAAGCUGUCCUGAACUAAAUCUGUGGAAUGCGUCGUGAACUGUAAAAGCAAAGUAUCAAUAAAGA